AUGAUUAGUUGCAUUGCUGCUGCUGAAAGUGAAAGAAGUCUAAGUACAAUGAAAGUUUCCAAUCAGUUUCUGAAUGCAUUCGUGUGGACUGCGCUGCUGUGGCAAUCAUCAUCGAGUGGCAUUUCAAUGGAGUUUGUUUGCAAUUACUGGCACGGAACGGGCCACAUAGGUGACUCCAGUGACUGCCAGGCCUGGGCAUAUUGCAGCAAUAAUAAGCUUGUCGGCCGUGGCUAUUGCCCCAAGGGAUAUUUCCAUGAUGCGCCAUCGGGAAUGUGCGAGCUGGCGAGAGAAGUGCGUUGUGUCCCUCAGGAUUGGGAGCGUUGUGCACAGCAAAAGGAAGGCGACUAUCUAGCCGAGCCAUUUGAUUGUCGGAAGUACAAGAAAUGCGGCGAUGAUGAAGUGUACAGCUGUGCAGAUGGUUACCUGUUUAGCAACCGCCUGCAGACAUGUGUGUCCAGUGCAGCGGGAUGUCCUCAGAGGAGCAUCGAUAUAUGCGCUUUUAUGCCGAGCGGCACAACUGUUGGUGAUCCCCAGAACUGUGGCCUCUAUCUGGAGUGCCUGAAUGGAGCGAGUAUGCUCAAGGUCUGCACUGCUCAACGCUACUAUAAUUACAAGAAUGGCAUCUGUCAAACGCUGAAGCCCGAGCAUUGUGGCGAAGAUGGCUUUGAAGUAGUGAAGAAGCAGCCGCCUGCUACAGAUGCCAAUGUUUGUGCCGAGUUCUAUCAAUCGGAUCGUUCGGGCGACCAAUUCAUCUCAGAUUCCUUAACCUGUCAGGGUUAUUACACUUGCAGCUCACAGUAUGCCAUUGGCAAGUGGCACAGUUGUCCUCUGGGCAAACAUUUUCAAUGGUGGAGUCAAAAGUGCGUGAACCCCGACACAUACAGUUGUCCCUUUGAUCGUUGCGCCAAUCUGAACUCAACUUUUGUCACUGCCAUCAACACUGGCUGCACAGAAUAUAUAUUUUGCAAGAACCAGACUUCCAACAGACUGCUUAAAUGCCCUGACGAUUAUCCGUAUUUUGAUGAGAAACGCGGCGUUUGUGUUGAUAAAUAUCCCAACUAUACUGUUUGUUUUAUGAAUGAUUAA